AUGGGCAAGGAUGGUUUGAGCGACGAUCAGGUCUCUUCAAUGAAGGAAGCCUUCACGCUCUUCGACGCCGACGGCGACGGCAAAAUCGCGCCUUCCGAGCUCGGGAUCUUAAUGCGUUCACUCGGCGGCAAUCCCACGGAAGCCCAGCUUAAAUCAAUCACCACCACCGAAAGCCUCUCUUCUCCGUUCGAUUUCAACCGAUUCCUCGAUCUCAUGGCGAAGCAUCUGAAAACGGAGCCGUUCGAUCGGCAGCUUCGCGAUGCCUUCAAGGUGCUCGACAAGGAAGGCACAGGGUUCGUCGCUGUGGCGGAUCUGAGGCAUAUACUCACCAGUAUCGGCGAGAAGCUGCAGCCGAGUGAAUUCGAUGAGUGGAUCAAGGAGGUCGAUGUUGGUUCCGAUGGUAAGAUCCGGUACGAGGAUUUCAUCGCUAGGAUGGUCGCUAAGUGA